GUAGUGGUGGUGAGAAAAAGAAAUAUGUUUACAUCGCGAAAAAAUGGGCAGGACUGGUGGAAAAUUGAACCCAAAUACUCUUCUAAAGUUCUCAUUGGAAACUGGCUGGAAGAGAGGAAAAGGUUUAUAAAAGACACUGGGAAACUUGGCAGCAGCAUAUACAGAACAGACUUCAUUUGCUUCCCAGAUCACAGACCAGACCAAACACUAAGGAGAGCCAUGAUGCUAAAGUCUGAGGGCCUGCCCAGGCAGCUGCUCUUCAGCCACCACGACGAACCAAGAAGCCGAAAUUUAGUAUCGGAGUAUGAAGAUAAAUACAACAGACACGGUUAUAAGCCUGUGCUGGUUCCCGUUUACAGCUGGAAUGGAUGCAGAUUUGCCUGGAUUCCUGAGAAAUCAGAUUCCCCCAUUCUUGAACCACCCACCAACUAUGGCCUUCUUGAGUACCUGAUGAAAAAAUGGCAUGAGACAGAAUCUGGAGUGAUGAAAAGUGUCUACACCAUUUCCUAUGAAAAACCACUGAUUUCUGCUUUUGCUAUUGAUCAGCUGAGACAACCACCUGAAACUUAUGUCUUCCCUUGCAACCAGGGGCAUCUUCCCCAUAUCCUGGAGUAUGAAGGGGGUGAGAAAUACCUGCAAGCCAUCGACCAGCUAGCGAGAUACAGAGAAGCAAGGGCCGCCUUUGUGUAA